GUGGGCACUCACUCCCUCUCCAGACACCGUCACUGAACAUCCAUCAGCAUGAAGGUCCUCGCAGCUCUCCUGGCUCUGUGUGGCGUGGCCGCCGCCAACUCCCCCUUCCGCUUCUCCGACGGCUACCUCGACGUCCUCGGCGCAGAGCCCGUUCAGGCCUUCGACUGUGCCGGUCGAAGCUACGGCUAUUACGCCGACGUCAGCAGCGACUGCCGAGUGUUCCACGUGUGCCUGCCCGUGGCUGACGACCUGGGCGACGUGCUCGAGACCGCCCACUUCUCCUUCUUCUGCGGCAACCAGACCGUGUUCAGCCAGGAGUCCCUCACCUGCGCCCACCCCGAGGAGGCCUUCCCCUGCGACCAGGCCGAGACCCUCUUCGACUCCGUCAACGCUCUCUUCGGCGUCAUUCCCGACGAAAAAUAAUUUAUAUGAUCUAGUUAAACAUUCACUAUGUAACAGAAACAAUAA